AUGAAUCGAAGUUUUAGGGCACAAGAGUCGUCGUCGUCGUCUCUAUUGCUGGAUUCAGCAGAGAGGCAGAGGCAACUGCUUAGGGCUUCUAUGAUGGCUGAGAAAGAUGAGGAGCUUUCUCUGUUUCUUGAGAUGAGACGGCGUGAGAAAGAGCAGGAUAAUAAUCUCCUUCUCAACAACAACCCUCAUGAGUUCGACACUCCAUUAGGUUCAAAGCAUGGAACUUCACCGGUGUUUAACCUCUCAAGUGGUGGUGGUCCGGCAGCACGGAAGACUGGUCCUCCUGAUGAUUUUCUCAAUUCUGAAGGGGAUAAAAAUGACUAUGAAUGGCUUCUGACCCCUCCAGGUACUCCUCUAUUCCCUUCUCUGGAGAUGGAAUCACAUAGGACUAUGAUGAGUCAGAGUGGUGAUUCAAAGGGCCGCCCAGCUACAUUGUCUUCUAGGCUGGCGAAUUCCUCAUCAGAGCCUGCUGCAAGGAACCAUUUAUCAUCUAGACAACCAACCUCAUCGCCUGGAUUAAGCUCUUCUAGUGGAGCAACUCGGAGACCUUCAUCAUCUGGAGGACCUGGAUCAAGACCCGCCACACCCACUGGAAGAUCAUCAACACAAACAACUAAUUCAAAAUCCUCACGGCCUUCAACACCCACCUCUAGUAGAACCACCGCCUCCUCAACUACGCGGCCUUCUUUGACUCAUUCCAGGUCCACUGUAUCUACUACAACUAAGCCUGCAUCGCUGAGUAGGUCAGCAAGUUCAUCACGUCUCACACCUACUGCAUCUAAACCCACUACUUCAACUACUAGAUCUGCUGGUUCAACAACUAGAUCCACCGCUAGCACCGCCACAAAGUCUGCAGGUCCUUCAAGGUCCACCACACCUCUGUCAAGAUCUACUGCUAGAUCUUCAACCCCGACGUCAAGACCCACACUUCCUCCACCUAAAACCAUAUCAAGGUCAGCUACUCCAACUCGCCGUCCAGUCAGUUCUGCAACUACUACUGCAAAGCCAACAGUAUCCCAAGUCAAGCCUUCUUCUCCAGCGGCAAAGCCUAUGCCAACACCAUCCAAAACGCCUGCUGUAUCACGUGCAGCUUCUCCCACAGUGAGGUCAAGGCCAUGGAAGCCAUCAGACAUGCCUGGUUUCUCACUAGAAACUCCUCCAAAUCUAAGAACAACAUUACCAGAAAGGCCACUGUCAGCAACAAGAGGCAGGCCCGGAGCUCCGAACCCACGAUCUGCUUCAGUAGAGCCUCCUGGAGGAGGAAGACCGAGAAGGCAGUCAUGUUCACCAUCAAGAGGAAGAACACCAAUGUACUCUAGUGGUAGCUCUGUUCCUGCAGUUAACCGUGGAUAUUCCAGAGCCAAUGACAAUGUUAGUCCUGUGUUGAUGGGAACAAAAAUGGUGGAGAGAGUAGUCAACAUGCGGAAACUGGCUCCUCCCAGAUCAGAUGACAAGAGUUCUCCUCAAGGUAACUUGUCUGCAAAGUCCUCAUCACCAGACAGUGCUGGCUUUGGAAGAUCGCUUUCCAAGAAAUCCCUUGAUAUGGCUAUAAGGCAUAUGGAUAUACGUAGAACCAUACCAGGUAAUCUGAGACCAUUAAUGACCAACAUUCCAGCAUCAUCAAUGUACAGUGUGAGAUCUGGACAUACUCGUGGCAGACCAAUGAAUGUUUCAGACUCUCCACUAGCUACAAGCAGCAACGCAAGCUCAGAGAUCAGUGUCUACAACAACAAUGGCAAUUGCUUAGAGGCUAGCGAAAAGGAAGAUGAUGCAGGCAGCGAGAGAGGUUGCAGGUCUCCCCCUACAAGCUUACAAGGGAGAUGA